AUGGCGGCCACCAGUGCGCUGUGUUUUGCACUGGUGAGCGCUGUCGUGUACCUUCUCCUGGGAUCGGCCAAGCAGCACGGAGACGAGAUGAAAAUCACACAGCUCUACGUGUAUCCCGUCAAAGGAAUACGAGGAUGUGCACUGAAGAAGGCGCUCAUCGGCCCGUACGGGGUUGUCGGAGAUAGGACUUUCUGUCUGCAAAAGGUCCAACGCGAUGAUGAAGGAGUGAAAUACGAUACCAUGUUGAUUGGCUACCACUUACAGAUGGCUCUGUUUGCCGCUACAUCGGUCGAUUACGCAAAGGGACAGGUGGUAGUGGCGUGGAAUGGACGAGGGACCGAUUUCGAUGUGGCAAAAGACAUCACGACCCCAGACACCAUUUCCUUCCCCCUGAAGCCAUCCACGACUGGGUGCGAGAAGAUGGAGGUGAAUCUUCAUGGUAGCAAAACAUUGGCGUACGACAUGGGCCAAGAUUUGGCGACCUGGUUCGCAGACCGCCUUGGGUUUGAAGUGAGGCUUGUCUUCAUAGGAGACGGUUCACGGCCAGUACUCGGAUCCUUGGCGCCCAAUAGCCCAGCCGGUCUGAAGCGAGCGAGGCUGAUCAACCGAAUCCGAUCCUUUUUUCCAUUCCUAGCCUACCCAGGAGAACGACUUGCUUUCAACGACAUUGCACACUACCUCGUAGUCACUGAGGAGUCAAAUAACGACGUGUCAUCUCGGUUGGAAGACGGGUGCAAGAUGGACGUGACCAAAUUCCGACCGAAUAUUGUCGUCAAGGGCGCAUCGGCGGCAUAUGUCGAGGACUUUUGGGGCGAAUUGACCUUUGCAGGUGGCCUCAAGAUGCCCCUUACCGCAAACUGCUAUCGCUGCCAAAGUAUCACCGUCGAUUACGAGACCGGCGCUACGGCGACCGACGACCGAGGUAUGGCGUGGAAAAAGUUAAACAAGAACCGAAGAGUCGAUAAGGGUGCGAAAUACAGUCCUGUGUUUGGGCGAUAUGGAUACUGCUUCGGUGCUGCCACUGGUAAGACACUGGAGAUUGGGCAGGGAGUUGGUGUCACGCAUGUUAAUUCUAACAGAACGACUUUUGAUUGGCCGCACCUCACCAGCUUCGGAACCUCGCAGAAGAAGUGA